AUGAACGCUAGCGGCCCUGGCUAUCCGUUAGCCUCUCUCUACGUGGGAGACCUCCACCCAGACGUGACCGAAGCCAUGCUCUACGAGAAGUUCUCACCUGCUGGGCCCAUCAUGUCCAUCCGAGUCUGUCGGGAUGUUGCUACACGCCGAUCGCUGGGCUAUGCCUACAUAAAUUUCCAGCAGCCCGUGGAUGCUGAGCGAGCCCUGGACACCAUGAACUUUGAAGUGAUCAAAGGCCGUCCCAUCCGCAUUAUGUGGUCCCAGCGGGACCCCGGGCUCAGGAAGUCGGGGGUUGGAAACGUCUUCAUCAAGAACCUGGAUGACUCCAUCGAUAACAAAGCCUUGUACGACACAUUCUCCGCCUUCGGAAACAUUUUGUCGUGCAAGGUGGUUUGUGAUGAAAACGGAUCCCGUGGCUAUGGCUUUGUUCACUUUGAGACUCACGAGGCAGCGACUCGGGCCAUCGAGACCAUGAACGGGAUGUUGCUCAACGACCGGAAGGUGUUUGUUGGCCAUUUCAAAUCCCGCAAAGAGCGUGAGGCUGAGUUUGGGGCUCGAGCGAUGGAGUUCACCAACGUCUACAUUAAAAACUUUGGGGAUGACAUGGAUGACGACAGACUGCGGGGAAUAUUCUCCAAGUUUGGAAAGACGCUAAGUGUCAAAGUCAUGAUGGACAACGCUGGCCGCUCAAAGGGCUUUGGGUUUGUCAACUUUGAGAAGCACGAAGAAGCCCAGAAGGCGGUGGCCGACAUGAACGGGAAGGAGAUCAAUGGGCGGAUGGUGUAUGUGGGCUGAGCCCAGAAGCGGCUGGAACGCCAGAGCGAGCUGAAGCGGAAAUUUGAGCAGAUCAAGCAGGAGCGAGUGAGCAGGUACCAGGGGGUCAACCUGUACGUGAAGAACCUGGAUGAUGGGAUAGAUGACGAGAGGCUGAGGAAGGAGUUCUCUCCCUACGGCACCAUCACCAGUGCCAAGGUGAUGACAGAGGGUGGCCACAGCAAAGGGUUUGGAUUUGUAUGUUUUUCCUCCCCAGAAGAGGCUACCAAGGCCGUGACGGAGAUGAACGGGCGGAUCGUCAGCACUAAGCCUCUCUACGUCGCGCUCGCUCAAAGGAAAGAGGAGCGGAAAGCAAUCCUCACCAACCAGUACAUGCAGAGAUUAGCCACCAUGAGGGCCCUGCCUGGCCCUCUCCUGGGCUCCUUCCAGCCCCCCCCGGGGUACUUCCUACCCCCCAUUCCCCAGCCGCAGACCAGAGCUGCCUUCUACAGCCCCAGCCCAGUUGUCCCAGUCCGUCCUGCCACUCGCUGGAGUGCACAGCCCUCCCGGCCUCCCCGUGAGUCGCCCUCCACCCCCAUCGUGAGGGCUGCCGCGCCGCCCCGGCGCCUGCUGUCCAACAUCAGCACCAUGAGACAGGCCUCCACCCAGGUGCCCCGUGUGCCCCCCCAGGCCCAGAGAGUGGCCAACAUCGGGACACAGACGGUCAGCGCUCGGGUGCCCUCGUCGCCCACCCUGCCGCGGGGUGCCCCGCAGUACAAGUACUCCUCGGCUGUCAGGAAUGUCCAGCCGAUGGGGGACGUGGGAGAACCUGCUGUCCAUGUCCAGGGGCAGGAGCCGCUGACCGCAUGUGAACGUCUCUACCCUCUGGUCCAUGCCAUGCAUCCCUCGCUGGCCGGCAAGAUCACUGGGAUGCUGCUGGAGAUAGACAACUCCGAGCUGCUGCUGCUCCUGGAGUCCCCCGACUCCCUGCGCUCCAAGAUCGAGGAAGCGGUCGCUGUUCUCCAAGCGCACCAGGCUGCCGAGCCGUCGCAGAAGAGCAGCACGGCGGUGUUCCUGCAGUGA